AUGAGUCAUUCAGAACUAGACAUAAUUGUCAAAUGUUCGAAGGCGAUUGUAGCGUUUGCCGUUAUCGGCACAGGGCUCACGCUCUUCUAUAUUGUAAAGAACCAAGACAUUGGCCUAUCUUUCUAUAAACUGCUAAUUAAUGUAAUGGCUCUAACCUAUGCCAUAGCAGGCAUCAAGUUUGAUGGGAGCGAUUUUGCUACUUUUUAUGUUAUAAACAUAGCUUACGAAUUGACGGUAAUGAUGAUAUUGACAUUGACGUUAAAUACACUAAAGCGAACACGAUUUAGUGGUUGCGAUGUUGUUUUUGGAACAGCUUUGCUGAUUGUUCUUUGGUCGUCUGGGGCUGGUUACUUGGCAAUCAUAUUGAGCUCGAAAUGGUAUGAAGUUAUUGUCUCUGAUGCAAUCGUGGUUGUAAUUUUUAUACUUAGAGCGAUACUAGUUAUAUUUGUUGCAAUUCGAUUGUUAUAUCAUAACAGAGAGGUUACAGUUGAUUCACCAAAAGCGUUGGUAUUUGCAUUGAAUUUGGUUAGACUUUUGUACAUAUUCGUCUGGUUGGUAUUAGACGGACCAGCAGCUCUUCAUCAUGAAGGUUAUUCACUUAUAGCUUCGACCAUAGUUCUUAUCAUAAUAUUGGCUUUAACGUCUGUCAAUAUCGAAUAUCCUGAGAAUUCACUCACUUUCAACAUUACACAUUUCCCGCGUGCAGAGGCUUGA